UCAGGAUACAGGAGAAAUGCCACAAUGGCUGCUGCGAAAAGCGAAGUUGAAUCGAGUCAACAAAAUUUGACAGAAAGCUCAAUCAAGGACUCUAAGAUCAUACUGCGACCCACGUACGAACAUGUUAUAAGAAAGAGAUUACCGCCACGUUUUCCGAAGAGUGACAAGGACUUCUAUAUCACCAACAAAACAAACUUCAAGGCUCAGCUGAACAAAUGUGAAAAACUACUGGAUUCCGGUGAACAAGAAAUUGUUAUUCAUGCUCUUGGUGCUGCGGUAAGCAGAGCUUGCAAUUUGGCCUUACAAUUGAAAGAAAAUCACCAUGGCACUGUCGAUUUGGACAUAAAUACGUCGACUGUAGAUAUAACUGAUGAUUUUGAGCCUAUCACAGAUGACGCUGACUAUGAGUGCUGUUAGAAGUGAAAGAGACUGUCAAAUGCUUCAAGUUCCAAACUACUGCUUGUCAUAAUUUUAACUUUUGGAGCUAUUGAAAAUUACAUUACAUUAUUUUAAAACGAGUAUCCCAGCUUGGUACACUGAUAUUAAAAUCUAAAAGUAUUUAUACGUGAUAAAUUUAUGCAAUAAUAUUACAUCGUUUAUUUUACAUUUGAUUCUUUUUAAUGUAUAUUGCGCAACUGUUAGCUGUGGCCCAAUGCAGUGAAUUAAAUAAUGCAGUAUAAUGUAAAUUAGAUUAGGAUUAAUCUUAAUUUACUUAGGUUUUAUAUAAUCAAAUAUAAAAUGCGUAUGUAGCAGAAGCUGUACAAAUAACCGAAGAUACAAAAUUCCUGCAAAGUAUGAUGUGUAAAUACAAUGAAUAAAAUUAAAUUAAAUAUUGGA